AUGAGCAAGAUGGCUCUACCUCGCGUGAUUGUUGCAAGUGCAUUACUGGUACUUUUGUCGACAUGUUAUGUUCACGCAGAUGCCGAAAAAGCCGAUGAUGGAGUUACUGUAGAGACUGUGGAAGAAGAUGGUUACCAAAGUCCCGAAACUGAUCCUAAGAAAUUUUACUUGGCUGAGCAUUUUGAUGAUGAAGCUGCUUUCAAAAAGAAGUGGGUGAAGUCUGAAACCAAAAAGCAGGGUGUUGAUGAAAAUAUCGCCAAAUACGAUGGGAAGUGGGAGAUACAAGCUCCCGCAAGACGUUUACUCAAAAAUGAUUUAGGCCUGGUGUUGACAACAGAAGCGAAACAUGCAGCUAUUUCUGCGCUUCUUGACAGGCCAUUUGAGUUCAUUGACAAACCAUUUGUAGUACAGUAUGAAGUGACUAUGCAGGAGGGCCAAAACUGCGGUGGCGCCUACAUAAAACUUCUAUCAAAAGGAAUCAAUACACAAAAGGACCUGAAACAGUUCCACGACCAGACUCCUUACACCAUCAUGUUCGGGCCCGACAAGUGCGGCAAUGAUAAUAAAUUGCAUUUUAUCUUCAAGCACCAGAACCCUAAGAAUGGCACCAUCGAGGAGAAACACGCGAAGAAACCUAAUCAGCGCUUAGACGAUAUUUAUAAGGACAAGGAACCACAUCUUUACACUUUGAUUGUGUUCCCCGAUAAUACCUUUAACAUUCUUGUUGACAACAAAGAGGUCAACUCUGGCUCACUACUGGAAGACUUCACCCCACCUGUCAACCCACCGGAAGAGAUUGAUGACCCCAAUGAUAAGAAACCAGAAGACUGGGAUGAGAGAGAAAAGAUCGUAGACCCGACAGCGAGCAAGCCAGAAGAUUGGGAUGAAGAUGCGCCUGCGCAGAUCGUCGACCCUGAUGCGGUUAAGCCGUCCGGCUGGCUUGAUGAUGAACCUGAAAUGAUACCUGAUCCAGACGCAGUGAAACCAUCAGACUGGGAAGACGAGAUGGACGGCGAGUGGGAGGCACCUCUCAUUGAGAACCCCAAGUGCAGUUCCGCACCAGGUUGUGGUACUUGGUCGGCGCCACUCAUAGCCAACCCCAACUACAAGGGUGUCUGGAGAGCACCGCUUAUACCUAAUCCAAACUACAAGGGCAAGUGGUCUCCGCGUCGCAUCGCCAAUCCCCACUUCUUCAAAGACGAACACCCCUUCCGGAUGACAACUAUUACGGCUGUGGGUUUUGAACUAUGGUCGAUGUCACCGCAGCUAUUGUUUGACAACUUGAUCAUCACGGAUGACCCAGCCGUUGCUUUAGAAUGGGCAAGACAGACGUGGCAUCUGAAGCGAGACCGAAUCACUAGUCAAGCGGAAUCGCUGGUGGAACGAGGCCUGAAGUUCGCUGGUGAGAACCCGUGGGUAUACGCUGUGGUCAUCAUCGGGUCUUUCAUCAUUGUGGGUUUCGUUGCGUACAUGUGCUGUGGGCCCAAAACACAAGAUCCAGACGUAGAUACAAAGAAAACCGAUGCCGUGGUAGAGGACGACCCCCACCAAUCUGACGGAGAGGGAGAGGAGACUGGGGAUAAGGAGAAAUUAUCCAAGGCUGACCUCGAGGGACCAAAUGAGAAUACUGAGGAGAAUACGCCAUUGGUAGACACAGAUGGCGCUGGUGACGGCCAAAGAAAACGGAAGCCGCGCAAAGAAUAA